GCAGGCGCGCUCUUUUAAAGUCACCGUGGAACGUCGAUGGACGCAGGCCACUUCCGGCGUAGCCAUGGCGGCUAACGCUACUACGAACCCCUCGCAGUUGCUGCCGCUAGAGCUUGUGGAUAAAUGUAUAGGAUCCAGAAUUCACAUUGUGAUGAAGAGUGAUAAGGAAAUUGUUGGCACCCUUCUUGGCUUCGAUGACUUCGUCAAUAUGGUAUUGGAAGAUGUUACUGAAUUUGAAAUCACACCAGAAGGAAGAAGGAUCACUAAAUUAGAUCAGAUUUUGCUAAAUGGAAAUAAUAUAACAAUGUUGGUCCCUGGAGGAGAAGGGCCUGAAGUGUGAGCAGAUUUCCUUGACUUAUGCUAGAUUCUGUGUUGUCUUCUGGUGGCAACAACACGGUUUUUUUUUUUUUUUUUUUUUUUACCUUUUUAAUGUUUAGAU